CCCUAAUUUCACGCGGUUGCUGAUUUCAACAUAUCGUUUUGCCCAUGGCUAGGUAGCUUGAGCCCUGAGGAGCCUUUGAAGUUUGAGAAAAAGCAGGGAAAAAGCUGAGGAAGGCAACGCUGCAACGCGCAGCUGGUUGGAGGUGAGAGAUACGCCGCAUUCUUGCAAAGGAAGCCUGAGCUGUCAUGAGCAAUCUUGUCCUCAUCAUCUUACAAUAUUGAAGACUUGUUCUGGAGCAGACUCUUGGAUGUAAGAAUCCUGGGGGGCCGGAGCCAUGGCAACGCAGCCGACUGCGGUUCUUCGAGGUUUCUCCUCUAUGGCUGCACGGUUUUCGGUGCUGGGAGUGGUUGGAGCUGGGCAGAUGGGGAGCGGAAUCGCGCAGGUCGCUGCCACUGCUAGCCUGGACGUGAUCUUGAGUGACGUGGAUCAAAGGGCGCUGGACCGGGGCAUGCAGACAAUUAAGGCUUCUUUGACAAAGUUCGUGACAAAAGGGACUUUGGGGCAGGAGGAAGCUGAGAAGAUCAUGAAGCGCGUACAAACUACCACCACCCUGGAGGACUUCCAUUCAGCAGACGUUGUGAUUGAGGCUGUGGCUGAGAACGAAGCACUCAAGAGGCGAAUCUUCUCCGAGCUGGACAAGAUUGUUGCCAAGGAAGCUAUCCUGGCGUCCAACACCAGCUCCAUCUCAAUAACACGCAUCGCGGCCGCCACGCAGCGGCCGGAGCGUGUCAUUGGGAUGCACUUCAUGAACCCGGUGCCGCUCAUGAAGCUGGUCGAGAUCGUGCGGGGCAUCGCCACAGACGAUGCAGUGUUCGAAGACACGAAGCAGCUUGCGCACUGGCUGGGCAAGACCGUGUGCUGCUCCAAGGACUACCCAGGCUUCAUUGUCAACCGGGUACUCAUGCCCAUGAUCAACGAGGCCUUCUACGCGCUCUAUGAGGGGGUUGCGUCGGCGCAGGACAUCGACCUAGGGAUGAAGCUCGGAACUAACCAGCCUAUGGGCCCGCUAACCCUGGCUGACUUUAUCGGUUUGGACACGUGCCUUGCGAUUAUGCGGGUCCUUCACGACGGCCUGGGGGACAGCAAGUACCGGCCGUGUCCACUCCUGGUGCAAUACGUGGACGCCGGAUGGCUGGGGAAGAAAGUCGGGAAGGGGGUGUACAAUUACUCGAAAUUGUGACACAGCAGCGCUGGGUUAGGGGUUUAGGAUGAACAUACGCACAGAAUAACUUCAGGUCCGUUCUGCAAACUCGAAUGUUCUGGGGUUGAGUGUACAUAGCGGGCAAGAUGAGCCAAGUGAAUCUUGCGGGGAUCAGUAGAGAGUCAGGUUUUUUCGGGCACCACAACCAGAGGCCUUUGGUCUCAACGGGGUCCUCUAAAGAAGUCAGUAUUAGGGCCGUACGAGCGUGCGAGGAGUGGCAAUGUAUCUGCCUUGUCAUCUAGGAGAUCGUUCCGCACCCUAGAAGGUAUUAGCUUUUCAAUGACGAGAACCAAGGCGCUCUUUCACUCAUGCAAGUGUUGUGCCUUGAGUCUCCUUCUGUAAUUCAAGAGGUAAGUCUAAGAAAGAAAUAGGACGGGACCAGGAAGGAGGUGAACUAUCAUUACGGGACCAGGUAGACAACUCCAUUUGCAGAAUUGCCUGAGGCACCCUGCAGUCUAAGCAAAAAACUUCGCCCAAUCAGCCGCUUGUUGAGAUUGUAGAGAUUUUGCGCAAGAUCAAACCAAAGACGGCAAGCCCGUAAAUACGAGAGCUAACUAGAAAAUCUGGUAGGCCGAGGUUUGCUACUUUGGAACACAAGAGACCAAAAUGAAAGAUAGCUGAUACAUGAAAUGAUUGAAAUUUCUGAAUUAUGAAACAUUUGAAUAGACCACACCGGCAAAGGUACGGUUGGCGACAUGCAAGCUUGAAUGAGGAGGACAACCUUCCUGUAGAAUCC